AUGGAAACAGAAAUAAUGAUAGAGACAAAUUUAAUUCCAUCCUCUCCACAUACCAACCAAGUAGUUGAUGUAUUAAAUAAUAAUGAGAAUAGUAUCAGUAGUAGUAAUAAUAAUAAUAAUAAAGAGUUAAAAGGAGAGUCUGGAUAUUGGUCACAUGAUGUUCUCAGCAUUAUAUACACUCUUUCCAAUUGGCUGCGAGGAAUCGAAGAGAAGCACUUUGAUCCAGAGGAAUAUAAAGAGAAGGAGAAGGAGCUGUGGAAGGAAUGGGAAUGGGUUUUGUCGACAACCGAAGAAUUUGUACUGAAGCAAAAUCAACAGGAAUCCGAAAAGGUUCUUGGAGAGCUAAACAAUCUCAAAAAGACCGCUUCAAAUCUCAAAGUCAAACCAUACUUUAUCAAUCAAGCAUCCGAACUCUUGAAAAUUCAAACAGAUCUCCAUCUGGACACAUUAAAGUCACCGUUGGAUUCCAACAAACGUUCCGCUGUCAUCUCCACUGUCAUCAACACCAUGGAGUCGCAGUGGUUGAACUAUAUCAAAGAGAGAUUCUUCUACGAUGAGGAGGAAGCCAAGGAGCCAGUCGAAGAUGGUUGGGUAGAGUCAAGCGGUAGUGAUUCGAAAUCGAUUUCAAACACAUUUUUAUCCGAAAUAUCCGAAGUACAAGAAAUCAAACAGAAUUUAAAAUUAAACAACACAUCUUUCGAAGACAUUAUCAUUUUAAAUAAGAAUAUAAAUAAGAUUACCUGGAUUCAAUUCCUCGAUAGCUUUAAAGGACAAAAAUACUCUAAAGGUAUCACUGCAAGAAUGAAGGAUAUUGGUUUCCAGGCUUCACAUGGUUUAGAUGGAUCUCUAAACGCAAGAGUUUUAGGUGAUAUUACCUGGUCAAUCUGGAAUGCUUUAAAUACUGCUUUAAAACAAAUUAGGGAGUUGACUCAGGAAGAAUCAAGGGAAUUAGUUGAAAAUGUUUCACUUUUACAACCUGUAUUAUUAAAGCUUUGGUUAAAUACAAAGAUUAAUUCAAAGAUUGGUGUCAAGAAUGAAGGACUUGUAGUUGAAAAGUGGAAAAAAGACGAAUUGAGCAAAAAGAAAAAGAUUUUAGAUUUAAAGAGAUCUGGCAAACUUGAUAAAUAUACAGGUGAAAAAACCAUUGUCAUGGCACACGAGAGAAGAGAAAUUUCAUCUCUUAGAUCAACACUUGAACAAAAACUGAAACUUAGACCAAACAACUAA